UUUUUUUCCCGUCCACAUGUAGUCUUGUCCACAUUUCGCGUUUGUAUCCCGUUUGAAUUGCUCAAGCACCAGUCAGCACACCACAUGGCCACGAAACAUCAACCUCGGAUAAUCGCCACUGGCCUUCGCCACUUUGCGGCGCCGACAGAUUCAUUCCCGCCUCGUUCCUUGAUCGCAUCUCGCGUCGCGGCAUGGAGAUGUCUUGAUCCAGAAUCUCGGACCAUUUCACCUACCACACCACCAUGCCGCCUUCCAGAGUAGCCUCGCUCACUCUCGCUUUCACUCAAACCUCGGCAUUGCUGACAGCAGCCCGCCGAUUCCGCGCAUCAGCAUGUCAGUCAACUGUGUCACAGCGCGCCGAUGAUGCUUCCCUCGGCACCGCCUCCGUUAUGGCAGCCAGGGGGCGAUCCGAACGCGCGCGACGGCCCUGGCCGCGCGCCGUUGCACCUCGUGUGCCGGCGGAAGCCGCUGUCCCCCGCGGACAUUGCGCACAUCCGCGCGCUCCUGACGGCGGGCGCGGAUCCGAACUUGCCGGAGGGAUUUGGGCGGUCGGCACUGAGCCUGACGUGCAUGGAGUCCGGGAGCAGCGAGGCGGCGGCGCUGCUGCUGGAGGCGGGCGCUGACGCCAACCGCAAGGACCACCUGGGCAGGUCGCCAUUGCAUUGGUGCGCGGAUCGCGGAUGGGUGCGCACAGCCGAGCUCCUGCUGAAGCACGGCGCGCAGAUCAACAUCCAAACGCACUCUGGCGACACUCCCCUGCACUGGGCGGCCAAGGCAGGCAGAAGCCUGGUGGUUCAGCUGCUGGUUGCUGCAGGCUGUGCACUGGACAUCACCAAUAACCGUGGCCAGACGGCCCUGCACGCCGCAGCAGACAUGCACAUCCUCUCCUUCCUCUCAGGCAUGGUGCAGAAGCAGCAGGCGCAUGGGGAGGCCGAGGAGGCACACAGGGAGGUGGAGAAUGACGAGCAGGAGGAGGGGCGUGGUGAGGGCCAGGUGCAGACGAAGCAUGGCAGGCAAGCGAGGGAGCAGCAGUCGGCAGGCGAUGUGGGAUGUCCAGACUGGAUCGCCUCCUCCGCCUCUCAUUCCUCCACGCCUGACUGGAUGCAGCUGGCUCGCUCCCGCCCUCCUAUGCCCAUCUGCCCCCCACCAAGUUCAAGCACUGUUGACACUGCACAUGCUCGGUGCGGAAGCACGGCAGGGGGUGGCAAUGUGGGUGGUGAUGUCAUGGGGUUAGGACGGUUGGCAGGGAUUGAGAGGGAGUGCACCGAGGACCCUGCACGUGGAGUAGAAGAUAGCCCAGCAGAAGCUGGAAGCAGUCAGUUAGCUGCGGUGGCUGAAACACACUCAGCCAAUAUGCAAGCACGGCCCGUUGCAUUUUCUGCUUACCGCAAGAAACGGAGUUCAGAAGAGGGCGUGGCUGAGAAGGGAAGGCGGAUCAAGAUUAAUCUGCGGGCCAAGGCUCCACCAGAAUAGUGGCUGUAGUUGGCAGCGAACAGGCCAAACAAGAGCCACAUCGGGUGCACCCUGCAUACCAGAGCUGGGCCGUGUGGGGCCCCGCAUGAAUGGGCUGCAGGCCCAACACAGUCAUAUGCUCAUGCGUUAGCAAUCUUCCCUGUUUGCUGCUAGCCUUGUGUGUUUCAAAAGUUGCCAAGAGUACCAAGUGGUUAUGACCCAGGACCAGCAUUCUGGGAAGACUAUCCCAGGAACAGGGUGUGUGCACUUGAUUGGUGUUGGGCUGAUAAAAGUCCUUAGGAUCUUUCCAGAGACUAAGUCCCAGUUGUAAAGUGAGACUUGAGUAGUGCA